AUGACGGUAUCCUCUCACCUGCCAUACUUCAGACCGACCUGUGACAGCUCUUGCAACACCAUGGUCCAUGUGUUCCGUUCGGCCCUUUUAACUCUGCCCUUCCUCCUCGCGUCCUCUGCCGGCGUCUACGGACAUGGAGGAGUAGGAAGAGACGUUCUGCAGACUCUGGACUUUCUUGGACAGGAGGAGAGCUUGCUUGAGCCCUUGGCCGUUGAAGACAUGUUGGCUCGAACCGGCCAGUCAGCUGUUCGAAAACCAGCCGGGCAACCGUGGUCGCUGUACCUGCCGGUGUUCGCCGACGCCGCGUCCCCCUGCGGCGUCGCCCUCGCCGCCAUGGCCUCCGACCUCCAGGGACACGUCUCCCUCGGGGUUUUGCAGAUGGUGGACUCUUGGGGGAAACUCCGGGACGGUUACCUCCACGGCACGCCCUUCGUGCUCGGCCUCGGCUCCUUCGGCGAGUGCAUCCACGCGCACUCUCCUGCGCUCGGAAUCAAGGGGAGGUACUGCAGCGUCUUCUCUCUCGACAACAAGACUCGACUGAAGGCGGAUGCUGACGCGAAACUCCGGCUGGCUCAGGCCUCCGCCAACGUGGACAUCGGGUUGUUUACGCAGUACGGUACCUGCAUCCCGGAUGCCUGUACUGAAGCAGACAUGGAGGACACCAAGACGAAAAUUAAGGUCGACCUCUCUGACCUGAGAGAACGAGCCUCGUCGCCGAUUCGUCAAGACCUCCCGUCUAGGUCCUCCGCUGGCCGGGGGCACACCAGCCGCAUGGCCGGCCGGCCGCACCGCUCAGCACUUGGUCCCAUAUUAUCAAGUUUCUUGAGCGUGAUGUUGGCUGUGAUUCUGGCUGGCACUGCUGCCGAUGUCUACUACCGCGCCGUCACUUCGUCUGCGCCCAACUUAGGUUAG